CUGAGCGAGCAGCGGCGGCUCCGCGCUGACCCUGGCCCCUCCGCCGCCCGCCCAUGGCUCGGCCGCUGCCGCUGCUGCUCUGCCUGGCCGCGCUGGGCGCCGGCUGCCGAGCAGGGUCCCCCCCCGCCGGUACGGCCGGGCCCUCCGCCGAGCCGCUGCAGGACGAGGCGGACAACCAGGAGAACAUCCUCUCCCAGCUGUUAGGUGACUAUGACAAGGUGAAGGCGGUGUCCGAAGGCUCUGACUGUCGGUGCAAAUGCCUGGUCAGGCCUCUGGGCCGUGGUGCCUGCCAAAGGAUUAACGAAGGCGCGUUCAAAGCGGAGGAUUUCUACACGGUGGAAACCAUCACAUCAGGACCCAGCUGCAAGUGUGCAUGCGUGGCCCCCCCUUCGGCACUCAACCCCUGCGAGGGGGACUUCAGGCUGAAGAAGCUGCGGGAGGCGGAGAGCAGUGACCUGAAGCUGUCCUCCAUUGUCGAGAUGCUGGAAAGUGCCUUUUAUGGUUUAGACCUUCUGAAGCUGCACUCGGUCACAACCAAGCUGGUGGGUCGGGUGGAAAAGCUCGAGGAGGGCAUGUCCAGGAACUUCACACAGCAAGGCCACGCUGCAGCAGCCAGCGUGGAGGAGGGUCUGCAGGAUCCCCACCGCAGGGACCGGGAGAACUGCUCCAGCUUCCUCACCAACAGCCUUGCUGACAUCGAGGGCUCGCUGCAGCGGGACGCUGAGGCUGCCUACAUGCACGCAGAGGGAAAAUAUGAAGAAAGAUUCCUGAAAGAGGAAACCAUAUCCCAGCAGAUCAACUCCGUUGAGUCCCUGCCGGAGCUGCACCUCUCUCCGGAGGACGAGAAGCCUGAGCAGCUCUUGCAGAGGAAGCUACAUGUGAGGAGCCGUCCUCCUUCCAAGCCCACUGUUGUCCGAGGGGUCACCUACUACAAAGCCCAGUCCACUGAGUCAGAGAAUGACAUCGAGGAGCAACCGGACGAGCUGUUCAGCGGGGACAACACGGUGGACCUGCUGAUUGAGGACCAGCUCCUAAGGCCCAGCAGCAGGGCGGGUGAGGACAUAAGGAAGCCCGCCCCGGUGGGAUGGCCGCCCACCCCUGGCAGUGACCCUACCACCCCGCCAGCCACUGACACCGCCACGAUGGCCACAGUGCCCCUGUCCCCUGCCGUGUCCACAGAGCCCACGCUGGAUGCCACCCCAGAGACCAUGACCGCCCCGUCGGGGCUGGUGGAAGAGGAAACUCCACAGCUACUGGCAGCCUUGGCCAGCACAAUGGUGGCCACAGCCACAGAAAGCCCAUCUACAACCACUACUGCUGUGCCCAGCCCUGCCAUGGCCACUACCACUGGCACCUCAAGGGACAUGGGGAUGAGCCCUGCCCCAGAGAGCAGCCCGGGAGUCUGGGGACCAGCAAGCACCCCUCCGACACCAAUCAGUCCCACCAUCCCUGCCACGCCAAAGCAAGCGCUGGAGGAGGAGGACAUCAGGAACAUCAUUGGGCGCUGCAAGGACACGCUAUCCACCAUUUCGGGGCCCACCACCCAGAACACCUAUGGGCGCAAUGAGGGUGCCUGGAUGAAGGAUCCCCUGGCACAGGAGGAGCGUAUCUAUGUCACCAAUUACUACUAUGGGAACACGCUGGUAGAGUUCAGGAACCUCGACAACUUCAAGCAAGGUCGCUGGAGCAACUCCUACAAGCUCCCGUACAGCUGGAUUGGGACGGGGCACGUGGUCUACAAUGGCUCCUUCUACUACAACCGGGCCUUCACGCGCAACAUCAUCAAAUAUGACCUGAAGCAGCGGUAUGUGGCUGCCUGGGCCAUGCUGCAUGAUGUGGCCUAUGAGGAGUCUACCCCGUGGCGGUGGCGUGGCCACUCAGAUGUGGACUUUGCUGUGGAUGAAAAUGGCCUGUGGGUCAUCUACCCAGCCAUCAGCUAUGAGGGCUUCAACCAAGAGGUGAUUGUGCUGAGCAAGCUGAACGCGGCCGACCUCAGCACCCAGAAGGAGACCACGUGGCGGACGGGGCUGCGGAAGAACUUCUAUGGGAACUGCUUUGUCAUCUGUGGGGUCCUGUAUGCGGUCGACAGCUACAACAAGAGGAAUGCCAACAUCUCCUAUGCCUUUGACACGCACACCAACACGCAGAUCAUCCCCCGGCUGCUCUUUGAGAAUGAGUACGCCUACACCACACAGAUAGACUAUAACCCCAAGGACCGCCUGCUCUACGCCUGGGACAAUGGGCACCAAGUCACCUACCACGUCAUCUUUGCCUACUGAGACCCCCGGCACAGUGGGGCACUGCGAGACAGGGGCCACCAGCACCUUUUGUUAUUAUUUUUAUUGUUAUUAUUGUUAUUUUGUACAAAUCAAAGAGUAAAUGAUGGAUUUUUAAGCUGUUUUUUAUGGCGGAUUGUAGAUCGAUCCCCAGGCCAGAACCACCCCCUUUCUCUGCUGUAACCUUGCUUCUGGCUUUCCUUCCUGCAGGGAGGUCUUCCUUCAGUAGAGCAGACCCAGCUCUCCUGCCUGGGAGAAGAGGUGGCCUACAUGCAGUCCUCCUCAGAGCUUUCAUCUAACAAUGCUCACCAAGAGACCCACAACCAGUGCAAAGGUGGCCUUCCUGCUGCAGGCACCAGGUCCCAGUGGGAUGCUGAUGUCUGCCUGUCCUUGUGGAGGAUGUGCAUGUCCCGUGGGACUGUCCUGUCUCCCACAACCAUCUUCCCAGCCGACGGUCAGCAGGCCCUUUGGCGAUCCUGCUGUACAAUGGGGCUGCCAAGUGCAGCUCCAGCAGCCCCUGGUGCUGGCACUUAGGCCGAGGACUGUCCCCUCCAGCCUGGGCUCUGCCCUUUGCAACCUGCUCUGGGGGGCCGGGUGCACCCUGAGCCCCGACUUGCAUUUGGAGUGAGCUGCCGGUGGGGACGGGACACUGUAAAUACGUGUAGAUGGCUUUUGUUUGUUCAUUUUGUAACCCCAAAUAGUCCCCAUUACUGGUUGUUGGGCAAAGGCUUUGCUCGGCCAGGCGCUGGGCUGCCUGGGUGGGGAGCUGCACAUGUGGGGAAGCCCUGGCUCCCCAUGCCUGUGCCGCUCCGUCUCUCAUGUGCCCUCUCACUGCCAUGCUUGCCCUGGUCCUAGCUGCUGGCCAUCAGGAGCCCCUGCCCUUCUGCCCAGCAGCAUCUUGUAUUUACCUGCUGUCAACAAUAAAACAUCCAGUACCUUUGCA